AAGAAAACUGAUAUCCCAGCACGCUCUGCGACACACCAUACAUUGUUUUCGUUGGAAAGUGACCUUCUUCGCACUGGGCAUCACAUACUGAAGGCGUCUCACCUCCCACGUACUACAAGCUAGCCAGCUGUAGUGGUACUGCUAAGAUGGCAGGGCGUGUAUUUUCAAGCUGGUGGGCCAAGAUGAGCCCUUACUACACUGGGGCGUACCAGGAGAUGUGGGUCGGCCUGGGUGUCAUGACAUACCUGUACUACAAAGUCUCUUAUGGGGGAAAGAAAGCAGUUAAAGGAAAGCCUGCACAUUGAUUUCAUCACUAUGCUGAGCGGUCACCCCCUUUCCCCAUGUGAAAUAGCACCCCAUGUGAAGCAGCUCAAUUUACACCAUAAUGUCUGUCCAUAUUGUCUGUUUCUUUGGAACAAUAAAAUGGUCUACUGAGAUCACUAGAAGGAUGAUA